AUGUUCGCCUCGACCGUUGGUCGUGUGAAAGAGAAUAUCUGGAAUGGAGGGUACUGGAUGAAAGCCGCAUUGUUGGGCCAUUGUUAUGCAAAACAUUUUAGUUUGCAUAGUGUGGAUCCAAAGCUAAAUUCCUGGGUCUUGACUCUUCGAGGUGUAGGUUGUGCUGGCGGAUCUAUCAUUGGUGCAUAUAACGCUGAGUUGACUUUGACUAAUUCCUUUCCGAUUCUUCCAAUAAGACAAAUA